AUGGACCGACAGCCGAUGGCUCGGGUCACGCACCGCAUGAGGCAAACCGAGCCUGUGCGCAGCUGUGUUGGCGCGCCAUACACACUAGCGCAUCGCGGCGCGCCGAGGCUGCCUUGUUCGGUGCGCGGCUUGCCUCGGCGCAAGUGUAUUCCAGGCGUUAUAGUACCUACUAGUAGUAAGUACCCACUUCAUAAAUACUGGAAAGUUCAGAGAUAA